AUGGCUCCUAUAAAACAGCACCGCGAUGCCGCAGCGAAAAAUCGCGAUAAAACUAAACGGCGUAAAAGACCAUCGGAGCAUGCCAACCACCUGCUAUACAGAUGUAUGGGUGAAUUAUGCGGCGAUGAAUGCGAGCAGGAAAUACAAGCAGUACCCGGUGCAUCGAGUCAGCGUCGCAACGACAUGAGCAGCAAAAGUCUACAGCAGCAAGACAUGGAGAUGGAUGACAUUUCUUCUGAUUUCGAAGAUUCCGAUUACGUUAUGGACGAGCGCGAGAGACGUCGUCAGCCAGCGAUGAAGGCCGGUCGCGUGAACAAGGUCACGGCCAAGAAGACGCCCACUAAGCAAAUCAAGGAUAUGCCCGUGCAACUCGGUCUACAAAAAGCUGAACGCUACCUGUGCAGUGCGCUUGACUUUGGUGUGCAAGCUGGCUAUCUGACGCCUAAGGACGCGAAGGGCCGAGUACUGCGUGUCGCCUCAGGUCUACUGCAAACCACAGUAAGCUCGGUGAAGCGUAUCAACACCGACGCGACGGGCGCGUCUCGUCGACAACCAAUCAAAUGAAAACACAUCGAGAUGCACGACGACGAUGCUGACGGUGUCAACGAAUCCAAAAGUCAAAGGCGUCAUGGCAAAAAAUCACGCAGCCGUUCGAAACGUCAUGGUAUGAAAAAACGAUCUGCCAAUAGUCGCAGUCGUAGCCGUAGUAAACGCAGCAGGCAUGGACGAAGGAGCAGUGGGGGUAGAAGCCGCUCGGCGAAUCCAAACAGCGAAAAACGUCCCCCACCAUCGACCGGGAACGGCUUAGAAGAGCAAGACGACAUGGGCAACGACAACAGCCAACAAACUACAGGUAGUAGCAGUAUUCGCAACGAUGACGACGGUAAGAGCGUCAAAUCAACCAAGAGCUUCAAGCCUGCACCAAAUAACGACAGUCAAACAGGCAGCGAGAAUAAGAAUAAACACGAUGACAACCUAUCCAACGACGAGGAAAGCGACGACGACGACGACGAUGACACCAAAAAGUGA